AUGGAGAACCACAACUCCUCCAGGGUAUCUGAAUUUGUGCUUCAAGGUUUCCCCCAAGUGGGGCCUAUCCGGGGCUGGCUUUUUCUCCUGCUGCUGCUGGCAUACCUGUUUACUAUCUGUGGCAACUUGCUCAUCUUCUUAGUCAUACGGCUGAAUGCAGCUCUACACAAACCUAUGUACCACUUUAUCAGUAUCCUCUCCUUCCUGGAACUGUGGUAUACAGCCACUACCAUCCCCAAGAUGCUGGCUAAUCUUCUCAGUGAGAAAAAGACCAUUUCUUUCACAGGUUGCAUCCUUCAGAUCUACUUCUUCCAUGCCUUAGGGUCCUCUGAAUGCUUUCUUCUUACCGCCAUGUCCUAUGAUCGAUACCUGGCCAUCUGCCGGCCCCUCCACUACCCUGCAAUUAUGACCUCAGCACUCUGUUUCAAGAUAGCUGCUUGCUGUUGGACUACAGGCUUCCUGUGUCCCAUUUCUGAAAUCAGCCUGGUCUCCCAGCUCCCCUACUGUGGGGACAAUAAAAUUCCACAUAUUUUCUGUGACUUGCCACCUCUGCUUAGCCUGGCCUGCAAAGAAACAUCUGUUAAUGUCCUAGUCGACUUUGCUGUUAAUUGCUUUGUCGUCCUUGUACCCUUUUCCCUUAUUAUGACUUCUUAUGGAAGAAUCAUUGCGGCUGUACUGAAAAUAAAGUCAACAGCAGGGAGGAAGAAGGCCUUCUCCACUUGUGCCUCCCAUCUUAUUGUGGUCUUCCUCUUCUUUGGGAGCGUCAUCUUCAUGUAUGUACGGCUAAAGAAGAGCUACUCACCCACCCUUGACAGGACAUUUGCGGUGGUCUACUCUGUAGUAACACCCAUGGCCAACCCCAUCAUCUACAGCCUUCGUAACAAGGAACUCAUUAGGGCCAUCAAGAGGACCAUCUUUUGCAAAGAGGACAAAACGAGUCCCUCUCACCACUGA